CGGCAUGUUUCUUCCUUAUAUAUACGCUACCGACCGCUGGCGCCAUAUAGCUCGAUCCCGAGCUUCAAUCUCUCCUUCAUCAGAAUAUGAUCUCGGUUUGAAUCUCCCGAGUUCUGCAGAUGAACCUCUUGGCUAUGGCUUCCCUUCAGCUAAUGUUCCAGCUGCAGCUCCCCUGUUCGAUUCAGCGGCAGGAUUCGAAGUUCUGGUAGAUCUGCUGGCGGUACGCCGUCGUCGUCUUGCUUCUGCGAAGGAUGCAUAGAUCUCAACUUAUUGAUGUUGGUUUAUGCCUGUUCCGUUGAGUACUUCAUCCUUCCGCGGUAGCUUCGGGGCAAGUUAGAGGGAAGCACAAGGAGCUCGGGUUAUGCUGAGAUGGGUGAUCCGUGUUCUUCAGAUGGUGGUUGCCUUGCGAUAUGUUGAUUGAUGUCCAAUUCGACCAUCUUGGAUCGAGUCAAGCUGGAUGGCCUCACGAGGAUUAUUGCGGUGUAAAAGGGUUGGUAACAUCGUUUAUGUGUAUGUUAUUGUUUGAACUGUUUAUGGUAUAUGUGGUGGUUGGUUAUGGGUGCUUCCCUAUCUGGGAAGGGAAGAGGAUGGAUGACACGAACGGUAAGACAUUAGGCUAUGCUGUUUGAAGCGUUAGUUGUUUGUGCUUGCGAUGUUGUGUCAGUCGGCCUUUGCCAUGAUGGGUGCGCUCGCAUGGCAGGUCACAAAAUCUUAAUAAAAGAGAUGGUUUUUGGGUUUUGGAGGAGGGAGAUGGCACAGGGGUAUUUUUUAUUUAGUGAAGUUUUUCAGCCCCGGCUCUCCCUCCUCCUCGUGUGUGUGUGUCUGCUCUCUUUUCUCUCCUUUUCCUGUUUCUUGCUCCCUUUCGCUUGCUGCCCACCGGCCACCGUUGCUGUGUCAAUGCACUCGAAUUGUCAAACUCCUCCGCUACGCAAUCCAGUCAUCAUACGCAUGCAAGCAAUCAAGAUAGUCCUUAAAGGCCCGUUCAACUAGGUUGUAAAAGGGAUUUCAAACUGAUUUUGGGCACUGGAGAUGCUGCUGCUUCUCCAUGUUGGGUACGGAGGAUCCUUUAGCUGCUGGUGCUGGAUACUGAAGUGAGAUCUGUAUCAGACUAUCAGUUGUAGUCAUUAUGGGGAACAUGACCUAUACUUGGUUUCUGUGCUGAGCCGGCGGAUCGUACUAUCAAAUGCCGACAGCAUGCAAAUCUUUUUGCCGUUGAUCGUAUGAACUUUUGAAUUCGGUCUGCGAAGGUGCUGUCUACGAAUCUGUUAAAGCUGGAUGGUUUUGAAGCCCUAGGAAAGGUUGUCUCCCAGCACAGCGUAGUGUAUUUAGUCAUAUCUUACUUUCAGUUCUUCGGUCAUCUGGUUCGGAGAUAUCUGCUAGUGGCAUGUGUCCAACUAUCUAUGCCGACAGAGCGCAAUUGUUCCUGUUGUGAUUGUAUUAAUUUUUGAAUUCAGACGGGCAAGCUGUUUUCUGCGAAUCUGUAAGAGCUGGAUGGUUUUGAAGCUCUUGGCAAGGUUGUCUCCCAGCAAAGUGCGGUCUAUUUAGUGAUGUUUCUUCACUUCUUCGGUCACGUAGUCUGGAGAUAGCUGCUAGUGGCAUGCGUCCAUCUAUGAGUAUUGGCAGUCCUUUGUAAGUCUUCAAAUCAGAAUCUUCACCCCUGCUGGGUGUGAGUCUUAUUUAGUCCAUUCAUUGGCUUCACAAUUCGGGGAAAAUCACAUGUUCCAGAAUCAUUCUUGUUGUAGCAUAUACCCUCAAGAUGAGAUUCCUCUCUGAAAUUUCUCCAGUAAUUUUACCUCGUGGGUUGAGCGCAUUAGCAUUUGACUUGAUGAUUAGUUUACUCCAUUGUUUCUGAUUGUCAGUACUAGAGUAUAUUUGUGUAUCAGUGUUUUUCAAGUAGGUUGAAACUGCGACUCGCUAAUGUCAUGGGGGGCUUGUUUUAGCUGGUUGUUUGGCCAGGUCAAUGCAUUGUUUUCCUAGCUCGUCCGUUCAUCUGUUUUUACUUGAUGAUCAGUUCAUUUUGUCAGUAGACUUGGAGUAUAAUUGUGUACCAUUUCACGUCAGGUUGAAGCUGCCAGCCUGCCACUCACUAAUGUUAUCAGGAUUGUCGGGGGUUUGUUUUAGCUGUAUGUUAGGCCAGGUCAAUGCAUUGUUUUCCUAGCUCGUCCUACCAUCUGUUUGUACUUGAUGAUUAGUUCAUUCCAUUGUUUCUGAAUAUCAGUAGACUAGACUACAUAAUUGUGUACCAGUUUUUCCAAGUCGGUUGAAGCUGCAACUCAAAAACGUCAUCAGGAUCGUGGGGGUUUGUUUUAGCUGGUUGUUCAGCCAGGUCAAUGCAUUGUUUU